AUGGAUAGUCAUCCUCGUCUGCUGCUCGCCGGAGCUUUCAUCGCGGGCAUCUUACUGACACUGGGAUACAAAGAUGUGUAUCCGGAUUUGGAACGCCGGUUUCGAGAAGCACGUUCGAGGAGAGCUUCUCAGCAUCAUCGAUCGGACUCGGUAUCCUCCAUAGCAUCCAGGCAAAGGGUGUCCAUGAAGGAUAAUACAAGCAGAUCAACUGCAACAACAGCGCUGCAAGAACCCAUUUUUCCAGAAGGCAUUGAAGGCUGUAUUGGGAAUACCCCGCUGUUCAAGAUCAAGUCUCUUUCGGAUGCUACAGGAUGUGAGAUCCUUGCCAAAGCAGAGUUCCUCAAUGGCGCUGGUAACAGCCCGAAAGACCGGGUUGCAUUAAGCAUUAUCAACAUGGCCGAAGACGAUGGUCUCUUGACUCCUCAUUCUGGCGACACCAUCUACGAGGGUACCGUCGGUAGUACGGGCAUCUCUCUUGCUGCGAUAUGCAGAGCACGAGGCUACUUGGCGCAUAUAUGUAUGCCGGACGACCAAGCAAAGGAGAAGUCUGAUCUUCUCGAGAAACUUGGGGCAGAGGUCGAGCGCGUGCGGCCUGCGCCAAUCGUCGACCAAAAUCAGUUCGUCAACAGAGCCCGCAACAGGGCUGCGGAGCACACUGCAGAUCCGAAUCGUCGGGGCAUCUUCGCCGACCAAUUCGAGACCCAAGCCAACUGGCAAGCGCACUUCAACGGCACCGGCCCCGAAAUCUACCACCAAACCGGCGGUCGCCUCGACGCUUUCGUGACAGGCGCUGGAACCGGCGGUACCAUUUCCGGCGUGGCUCGCUUUCUGAAGCCACGGUUGCCGAAGCUAAGAGUCGUGCUGUCGGAUCCGCAGGGAAGCGGCUUGUUUAACAGAGUCAAGUACGGCGUGAUGUUUGACCCAAAAGAGAAAGAGGGCACCAGGAGGCGGCAGCAGGUUGAUACGGUCGUCGAGGGGAUUGGAAUCAACCGCGUCACGAGUAACUUUGAAGCUGGGCGGGAGCUCAUCGAUGAUGCCGUGAGGGUCAGUGAUGAGCAGGCCAUGGCUAUGGCGAGGUGGCUGGUGGAGAAAGAUGGGAUCUUUGUGGGGAGUAGCAGCGCGGUGAACUGUGUUGCGGCAGUAAAGGUGGCUCUUCAAAUGGGCCCUGGCCAUCGGAUAGUCACGAUCCUUUGCGACAGUGGAAUGAGGCAUCUUAGCAAGUUUUGGGCGCAGGUCGGCCCUAUCGGAGGGAAAGACGAUGUCACCCUCGACGAUGUCCUCAAUGCCGCUACCAAGCAGAACGGGCUUGUCGAGAAGCCUGGCCAGGACCUUGUGGCGCCGGCUUGCCGUCUCGGUGCAGUGCAGAUCUUUGAACAUCAAGUCUUCUUUGGCCAUCGACUGGGUCUGAUCAUUGCUUGCGCCAUUUUCAGCCUCGGUGUUGCGCUGCAAACCGCCGCCACCGAUAUUCCCCUGUUCGUCGCCGGUCGUUUCUUCGCCGGUUACGGUGUCGGCAUGGUCUCCGCUUCUAUCCCUCUUUACCAAUCUGAGACUGCACCAGAGUGGGUUCAGGGUACCGUCGUUGGCGCUUACCAGCUUGCGAUCACUAUCGGACUCCUUCUCGCCGCUAUUGUGGACAAUGCAACCAAAGAUCGUAACGAUUCUGGCUCCUACCGUACUCCCAUUGCAAUUCAAUUUGCAUGGGCUAUCAUCCUCGUCGUCGGCAUGAUUGCUCUACCACAGGCUCCCCGCUUCAACAUUAAGAAAGGUUGGCCAGAAAGGCCGCCAGGUCACUCUGACUACGACGGCUCGAUCUUUAUCUUCUGCGGUACGCAGUUCUUCAAGAACUCUGGUAUCGGAGAUCCAUUCAUCGUCAUCUUGAUCACUUCUUGUGUGAACCUUGGUUCAACUUUCCCUGGUCUGUAUCUGGUUGAGGCGUGGGGUCGUCGAAACCUACUCCUGUUCGGUGCUAUCGGUAUGGCGGUCUGCCAGUUCAUCGUCGCCAUUGUCGGUACCGUUGCAGGCACCGAUGACUUGCCGGCUCAGCGUACCCUGAUCGCCUUUGUCUGUAUCUACUUGCCUGCUCCUGGGGCCCGGUUGCUUGGGUCAUUACCGGGUGAGAUCUUCCCGCUCAAGGUACGCGCGAAGGCUCUGUCAAUGACCACCGCGUGCAACUGGCUUCUCAACUGGGCUAUUGCCUACGCUACUCCGUACCUCGUAAACCCCGGUGAAGGUAAUGCCAAUCUCGGAGCCAAGGUAUUCUUCACCUGGGGCGGAUGUUGCUUCAUCUGCAUCUUCUUCGUCUGGGCUUUUAUCUAUGAGACCGAGGGCCCCUCGCUCGAGCAGGCCGAUGAGCUGUAUGGAAAGUUCGACAAGGCUUGGAAGUCGAAGAAAUUCAUUCCGACCGUCUCCCUCCAGGAUGUCGAGGAUGUUGGAGAGACCCGCCACAUGUCACUUGCCGAUGUCGAGAGCGCUGCUCUGCGCAAGAAAUCGGUUGCUCAUGCUGAGGGUCAGCCUCCGGUACCGGCCACCGAGAAAGUAGAGAGACGUGCCUUUUAA